GUUGAGAACCACUGCUCUACACCCCCGCUGUGCAUAGAGCGGGGCCUUGGUUAUGCCUUCCCACUUCCCACUGUGGGCAGGGAAUGAGGCCUCCCACUGCCCUCGGGUUAGCCGCCCUGCAGUGGGGCAGAGGCCUCACGCCCUGAGGAUGGGUUCCCACUCCACCAUGGCCACCGUGAGCCAAGCCUUUAGUCACUGCAGCAGUGCAGGCAAGAGUCCGAAAUGGUGCCCGCUCCCUCCAGUUUCUUUCGUCACCUGAUGGAACAGCAGGGGAGGGCAGGUGACAGGCUAGGGGUGGGGAAAAUUGUCUCCCUGCUCAGAAGCCCUAAACAAAAGCUUUUAUCUCUUUAAGGACUGGAGGGAGGGCAGGAGAGGGAGGAGGAAGUGCGGGAACAGGCAAAGUGCUGAGCCAUGGCCCCAGUGUUGAGGAGGCGUGUGCGAGCUUCUGGACCGGGAAUGCAAACCAGAUGAGAUGGGCAUGAGCGCAGCUGCCGGGGCCUGAGUUCUUGUUCGUGCCCCAGGUUCCUGGUGCAGCCUGGUGGCAAAGCCUUCUGAUUGCCUCUGGUCGGCUCAGCACGAUCCCAGGAUCUAGGAUGUAGGUCGGAGCUGGACUCCUGAUAUAUAUUUGUUGGCUAUGCCUUUAAUUAAAACCAAAAGAAAAAACUUUAUUCAUUUCACUCUGUGGCACACAGCAUCUCUGGCUCCCAGCGCCACUCUGGCACACGCUACAAAAGGUUUGCUUGCUUAUGCCGAGUGAUUGUAUUUUCCCUCCAGCCACCCGUGGGACACGGUCAUCAAGGCUGCUAUGAGGAAGUACCCGAAUCCGAUGAAUCCCUGCGUGGUGGGCGUCGAUGUGCUGGAGCGCAGCGUGGACCGCUGCGGCCGGCUGCACAGCCACCGCCUCCUCAGCACCGAGUGGGGGCUGCCCGCCCUCGUGAAAGCGAUUUUGGGAACCAGUAGGACUUUAACAUACAUCAGAGAACAUUCUGUUGUGGAUCCGGUGGAAAAGAAAAUGGAACUUUGUUCCACCAAUAUCACACUCACAAACUUGGUGUCGGUGAACGAGAGGUUGGUGUACACACCCCAUCCGAAGAACCCUGACAUGACGGUGCUCACGCAGGAAGCCAUCAUCACCGUGAAGGGGAUCAGCCUUGGCAGCUACCUGGAAGGCUUAAUGGCCAACACAAUAUCAUCCAACGCCAAGAAGGGGUGGGCUGCUAUUGAGUGGAUAAUUGAAAAUCCUGAAAGCGCUGUGAGCUAACGGGGCCUGCACCUGCGCCUCAUGAUGAACGGUGAUGCCCAAAAAAUCAAAGAGGAAAUAAAGAAAGGAAGAAAGAAGCGAGUCCUGAAUACGAUUCAAGGGCCCAGUCUGGGAGAGGUGUGGAAUCUGCUGGAAUCCGCCUCCUGCCUGCUCACAGCCUCCGCCAGGCUCCUCCGGUGACCCCAGGACAGGAAGCUCGGCCGAGGUGCAGAAGGAGCUCCUCUGUUGCAGAGUGAGACCCAGAGGAAGAAGACCUCUCACAAGUAGGAGGACCGGGCCCACGAAGCUGCCACUUUGUCAUCCUGAUUGCCGAGCCGGGUCCUGGGAGCCGGCCCUGCCCACAGCCCAGCCGCCCCCCUGCCAGCGUUUAGUCAGACUGUUCUUGUGCCUUUGUCUAUUUUCUCCUUAGCAACAGCUCCGGGCUCUUUCUUGCCAGUUCUUGGGAAAGCACUAAAUAGCUUUUCUCUUUUCAGAUCGCUGCCCGUUUCCCUCCCCUGCCUCUUAAAUAACAGUCUUCACCACCAGUCCCUUCACACAUAGCUGGUUACCAUCUGCCGUUUCAGAUGGUGUUGCCAUGGACCCCUCUCUUCCCCUCAUCACUGCGCAAAUCUGCACACUCUAGAGCAGGGGCGCCCCUCCCCGCAACGGUGACGUGUGUGGUUGACAGGACCACGAGCUCUCCAAUCAGAGGCAGAAUUGGUCAGGAGAGCAAAGCUCUGUCCUGGGCCUGCACCUCGUCUGUCCUGCCAUCUGGGACCAGCGACCCCAAGUGCCGAAGGCCAGGGUCCCUUCUCCCCAUUCAGACCUGUCCUCACGGAGAGCCACUGCUAUCCUGUUAGCUUGACGGCACUUCCCAAAUUGGGAGUUUUCAUUUUCCCGUUUUCAAAAGUAAAAUGUACAAUCUCUUUCAAUAUCUUUCAAAUUAUAAAACCUUUAGAGAAGGCCUCCUCCAUAAAGGACGGGUAGAACCUGUGUUUCACUCUUUUAUUAGCUAUUGCUUUUUGUUUGAUAAUAGUACUUCCAAUCCAACCUGAAAUUACUCAUUUUUAUUUUAUUAGACUAUUUUAUGCAGAAAGCUUAAGGCAAAAUAGAGUUUUUAUGUCAAAAACAAACACUCUUACCCCUUCUGCACUGCACGGUUUGCCCCUUCUAAGAGGACUCUGAACUCUGGGCUGUUUCUGCCGUUUACUGCUAGAUUUCUAAAUAAAUAGGUAUAUUCUGCUUUUUUCUU